CCUGAUAGCGUGACAUAGCCAGGAUCGCGGUUUAAGCACGACGUCGCGAUCUAGACACGACGUUGUGCUCUUAUGUGAGAUUCAAUCUUGUGAUUGGGUAUUAGUACCUGAUAUGCGGGUGCCGACUAUAGGAUCGGGUAAUCCGUCGAUAGGCAGCGGAUGCAACGGAAUGUCCGCGUUCAAGGGUAGAUACCUAUGCAUGCGGCGGUAGUAUUCUAACUCUGUUUAGGCAUAUGCAUCAUGAAAAUUCAGCUCGUCUCAUGCGUUCGACAGCUCAGAUUCCCCGAUCCCAGGCAGGAUCGAAAGCUGUUGCAGUAGUGUCCGUUAUAUAAGUUGAACAACUCCGUAGGUGAAACUUACUUUUGCCAUCAUACCCAUUUUCCUACAAAGCCGCAAGCAGAAAUAUAAGCAUCAUAUACCUACACUUGUGAGAAUCGUCUUCUUGGACUCGCCUUUUGUCGAAAUGUCGGAGCAACUGAAGACUUACCGGGGCAACUGCCACUGCGCUGAAUACGUCUUUGAAGUUCAAGUGCCUGAGAGUUCCAAGCCAAAAGAGUGCAAUUGUAGCUUGUGCUAUAAGAGGGGUGCUCUUUGGCUCUCGCCUAAAAGCGAGAACUUGCACUUUGUCAAAGGUGACCCCAGUACCCUGGCGAAUUAUACAUUCGGAGGGAAAACCUGGAACCACAAGUUCUGUUCCAAAUGUGGAGUUGAACUCAUGGUCGUGGGACAUAUUACACCCCCGCAGCCAGGGGAACAAAAGGAGCCAGUAAUCGGAGUCAAUGUUCGAGCUUUCCAACAUGGCCAAGGUAUGGACGCCUGGGCUGUAGAAAGGGACUUCAUUGACGGUCAAUCAUUUGGGAAACCAUAUGAACCACCAAAAUUCACGGGACCUGAACCAAAGGCCGUAGUAGACGGAGGUAAGCUGUAUACGGGUGGCUGCCAUUGCGGCGCAGUGAGAAUAGCAGUCAAAUCCAAACCGUUUGAUCAAAUCACCGGCCGUUGGAAGCCUAUACAAUGCAACUGUAGCAUUUGUUCUAGGCAUGCAUACGCGUGGUGUUACCCUCCAAAGGAGCAGGUCGAAAUCGAAGGCGAAGACAACCUUGAGGUCUACCUGUUCAACAACAAGCUAUUUGGAAAGGUCUUUUGCAAGAUAUGUGGGGUAUCAGCGUAUAACAAGCUACAACCGAUCACCGAAGACCAGAUCAAUGCAAUGCCAGAAGAUCGGCAAGGCUUCGUUAGGGUUUGGUUGGACCGGAUACCGAUCAACCUGAGGGUUAUUAAUGACCUAAAUGUCAAUGACCUGGGCUUGGAGGUGUGCGAUGGGUACGAUCGUGAACCACGCUAUGUCGAGCCAUAAAUCUUGAAGACCAAGCCACCGAGAACGGAGGGGUUUAGACCUGGGCUUGUUUGUAAAGGAUGAUCUGUUACACUCAUUAGAACCUAAGCCAUUUCUCCA